AUGAAAAUUGAAAAGAAAGAAAUGUAGGCGGCAGAAGCUAAGCUACGGUUAUUGUAAUAGCUAAGCUAUACUUCCACUGUGUCACUGCUCUCUCUCUCUCUCUCUCUGCAUCUGUUCCUUCUCGUGAUUACCAUUUCAACCUUUUCCUGUUUUCUCUUCCCUCAUUCAUUCCCUCACCUCCUUUUCCCUUUCCCUCUCUCUCUCUCUCUCAAACUUGAAUCAAUGUUCAACUUCAAACCCUAACCACAAGCUUCUGAAUCUCCCCUCUAUGAUUUGUUACAUAUUUUGAACUUUGUUUCAGUUUUUCCUGGCCUACCACUAUUUACCAAAUGGGGGGAGGGUGGGGGUGAAACCAUCUCCUUUUCUCAUCAGACACAAAAAUCUGUGUAGAGAUCACCUUAUCUCCUAUAACAUCCUAAGAGCCCACACAUGUGCUAUGUGGUUUCCCUCCCUCAGGUUUGGAUGCAUCUGUUGCAAUCAUGAAGGAAUUCAAAUCAUCCAUUCAAAUCUGCUGAGAAUUAUGACUGAAGAUAAACUGGAGGAUGCACUCUGCAGUUUUUUCAUACCUCUGCAACUCUGUUUGUGACUCAUCUUCAGAAUUAAGCUAAAUCUAGGUUGCCUUUUUUUUUGGUGUUUGUGUGAAGUCAUCUAAUACAUCUAUCCAAUAUGUAUACCUCUGCCAGUACAUGUGAGAUAGUGGAAUCCAGGGAAGAGAUAAUUUCUGAGUUCAAUAUGGAUGAUAAACCAGAGAGUAGCUGUUCUCACAGAUCAGGAAAGAAGUAUUUAAUUGAGGAUGAUAUUAAUCGUCUUUUCCAUGCUAUUGAGAUUAAAACUUCAUCUAGAGGUUUUAAUACAUCAAGAUCACAAAAGAGUGCUCUUAAAAGGCCAAUAAAAGUAAGUCCAUCUCAGGCAUCAGGAAUUGGCAUCUCGGAGACUGUAAGCUUGAAGCAGGCACUUAGAGGGUUGUGCAUCUCUCAGGCAUCGGAAAUGGCUGCGUUGAAGAGGCUCUCAAAGCCAUGCAGUUCCUCAAGAGUAUCAGAGGCUGGCACCAUCAAAAAGUUGUACACAGCAGUUGUAGAUGAGGGGAAAGGGAGCUUGGUGCAAAUCUCCCUAGUGCCAGAUAUAUCCUCACCUUCUGAUAAAUUGCCCGGUGUAGCGUUACCAGGUUCAAGUGCUAAUCACUCUAUUCCUUUUGUUGAUGCGACAAAUGCAAACGAAAUGACAACCAGGUUUGCAUCCCGAGAUCAGAUUGUUCCUCUUCCACCUGAGGUUGAGGGUGAAAAGCCAACUAUUGGACCAAAACUUGCAAACUUGUCACCAGUUACUUCGGGAGCCCAGGAAGUGCCACAGGUCAGAAUAGAUACUGCUUCCUUCAGUAAAGCUUCUAUCAGUUGUUCAAUGUCUGAUAAGGGCCAGGAAGCAAAAUUACCUUCAGUGUCUUGCCCACCUAGCUCUAUUACUGGUAAUAGAGUGGACAAACCCUCCGGCAGUAUUACAUGUUUUGCAAGGCCAUUAUUCAAUAACAUGAACUUCUUCAAGAAAAAAGUAAAGCAAGAUCUUUGUUCUGCCUCAAGCUGCUCUACUUCAUCUAUGAGAAAUGAUUUGGGUUAUAGUACCACUAAUAUGGACAAGGGGAUUGGCAAUUCUGAUCUGAAGCAUGAAAUGAGAGAAAACGAUAAACCGUCUCCCAGCAGUUCAAAUCACAGCAUCGAAGUUAACUCGAUUAAUGUUAGUACGGAUUCAAACAAACCUGAUAUGAGUUCGAAUUGCAGUAAAAGAACUAAGUUUAUAGUGAUGAAAGUUGAUGAGAAAUCAAGAUCAAAGGAAAAGGGUGAGUUCUCUCAAAGCUCAAAAAGUAGUAUUGGUGAGUAUAGCAGUAGCACAAGCGUCAGUGAGGAGAGCAAUCUAAGUGGUUCCAGUCGCGGUGGACAUAGACCUCACAUGUCAAAACACUUGAGAUGGGAAGCUGUUCGUGCUGUUCAACGGAAGCAUGGUAAUUUACAUUUAAGGCACUUCAAGCUGUUAAGGAGGCUUGGUAGUGGGGACAUUGGAAAUGUUUAUCUUGCAGAACUAAUUGGUACAAGCUGCCUUUUUGCACUGAAAGUGAUGGACAACGAAUUUUUGGCAAGCCGUAACAAAAUGUUCAGGGUCCAAACUGAAAGAGAGAUCCUUCAAAUACUGGAUCAUCCAUUCCUUCCUACACUUUAUUCGCACAUCACAACAGAUAAGCUCUCUUGCUUGGUUAUGGAGUAUUGUCCAGGCGGGGAUCUGCAUGUGCUGCGACAGAGGCAACCAUAUAAGAGUUUCUCGGAACAAGCAGCUAGGUUUUAUGUUGCUGAAGUUCUUCUUGCCCUUGAGUAUUUGCACAUGCUGGGAGUUGUGUAUCGAGAUUUAAAGCCAGAAAAUAUCCUAGUACGCGAAGAUGGCCACAUUAUGCUGACAGAUUUUGACUUGUCACUCAGAUGUUCUGUCAAACCAAUGUUAGUCAAGUCAUCUUCACUUGACACAGAUGCAACAAAGAAGACGUCCAGUCCCUGUUCCGAGGCUAGCUGCAUACACCCUUUCUGUCUCCAACCAGAUUGGCAGGUUUCCUGCUUUACUCCUAUUCUAUUAUCUACCGGAGCAAAAUCUCGAAAGAUGAAGGCUGACAUAGGUGCUCAGGUCGGUCCGCUGCCACAGCUUGUGGUGGAGCCUACCGGUGCACGGUCUAACUCCUUUGUUGGAACCUAUGAGUAUCUUGCUCCAGAGAUUAUCAAAGGUGAGGGUCAUGGAAAUGCUGUAGAUUGGUGGACUUUUGGUAUAUUUUUGUUUGAGCUUUUAUAUGGUAAGACUCCCUUCAAGGGCCUGGCAAAUGAGGAUACAUUAGCCAAUGUUGUAUCACAGAGCCUUAAGUUCCCAAGUGCUCCUAUAGUCAGUUUUCAUGCAAGAGAUUUGAUCAGAGGAUUAUUGAUAAAGGAUCCUGAAAAUCGGUUAGGUUCUGUAAAAGGUGCUGCUGAAAUAAAACAGCAUCCCUUCUUUGAAGGCCUCAACUGGGCUCUAAUACGGUGUGCGGCACCUCCGGAGCUUCCCAAGUUUCAUGAUUUUGGAACUAGUGCUCCUCCUAUAGCUACUGAAGAUGGUCAAGAGUUUGAGCUGUUUUAGAUAGUCCUGUCUUCCCUGCCCUUUUCAACCUUGUUUUCUUUCUUCUUUCUUGUGUGGGCCUGUGGGGUAAGGAACUGAAUUGAAGUUCACUUGGUUUCACAACCUGUUCUCAUCCUUGUAACACUUAAAUAAUAUAGCUUAUGUAGCAUAAAUGUAAUUCAAACAUCGUGACAGGUAGAUAGAUAUAUAUAUGUUUAUACUGAAUUAAAAGUUGCAAAUCAAUGGAUAUUUCUUUUCCUUUUUU